AUGGUAAAUACACAAGGAUUAACAGUAGGGUUAGCCGUUGGAAUCCCUUCAUUUAUAAUAUUGGUGGUGGUUGGGAUAUUUUGGUAUCGGAAUCAGCAGAAACAGAAACAUGAGGAUAUGAAAGAUAAUGAAAUCGACAUAGGAUUACGAGACGACCAUUCUUUCAACCAGUUUCAGGAGGAGCUCCACAAACAAUACGAAAAGAAUAACGAUGAAGACGAAGCCCAUAUACGUGAAGAAAAAUUAACUCACGAUUCAUCGGAAAAUAGCAAUGAUGGGCAACAGCAUUCAACGUCGACUGCAAGCAGACAAACCCCAACACCUUAUAGUCAGCACUACAAUUCCAACAAUGUCAGCCAAAGACCUCAAACAAGCUAUGAUUUCUAUGAAACUUUUAUUCCUAUUUUACCACUGAAUCAACAGGGUUCCUCAUCAGCACAAGGCUCUACUGCGGAUAUAGCGGAAGCCCAUCCCAACGACACCGAUACCGAUAUGGAGACAAAUACCAACAACGGUACUGGUAAUAAUUUGACAACUGACAGCUCGUCUUCGUUAAUCAACUCCCAUUUACGUACAUCGUCAAACGAUCUAAAUACGCUAGCCAAACAGCUCAAUAAUCCGGUAUUUUUUGAGAAACUACCUAGUAAAGCCACCAAAUAUCAAGUUAAAUCAGUCAAUAACAACAACCAUGGUAACACGAUUGCUGUGGGGAAAAAUAAUAACUCGAGUAGCGAUUUAAUUAAUAAUUACUUAAUUGGUGAAACCCACGCUAUUAACGAUCAUUUUACGUAUGAGGCACCAAAAGUUGAAGUUACUGAUCUAACUCAACCUGAAAAAAAGAAAUAG